AUGAGAAGAGGUGUAGGUAUUCAAGCAGUUCAUAAUCAAACACAAACACAAAAACAAUUACAAAAUGUUAGUGACCAAAUUAGUACAGAGAAUAUAAAUAAAAUAAAAGAACAGUUGGUUAUAUUUAAAGAGAAUUUAGAGCAGUUUGCAAUAAAACAUAAAAAGGACAUUACCAAAAACCCAGAGUUUCGUAAAUACUUUCAAGAUAUGUGUAAUAUGAUUGGUGUUGAUCCAUUAGCAUCAAAUAAAGGAUUUUGGUCACAGGUUUUAGGUGUUGGUGAUUUUUAUUAUACAUUAGGUGUUCAGAUUAUAGAGAUAUGUUUAAAAUAUAGAGGUAGUAAUGGUGGAUUAAUGGAAAUGAAUAUUUUAGCAGACCAUUUACGUAAAUUAAGAGGUAAAAAUUCACAAGAGAUCAGUCUAGAUGAUAUUGAAACCUCAAUAUCAAAAUUAAAGGUUUUAGGUAAUGGUUUCAAUAUAAUUAAAGUUAAUAAAAAGAAAUUGGUUCAAUCUGUACCAUGCGAAUUAAAUAAAGAUCAUACCGAUAUCAUUAUUUUGGCCCAAGAAAACAACUCUUCAAUAACCGAAUCUCAAAUUUCACAAAAAUUAAAAUGGAAUAACCAUAGAAUUAAUAGUGUUUUGAACUUUUUAUUGCAAGAAUCAAUGGUUUGGAUUGAUGACCAAUCAACCGAAACAAUUUACUGGUUUCCUUCUUUGUGGUCCGAAUAA